AUGCGCGAGGGACGUGAAAGACCACGUGCUCCCGAGAGGCGGGUGAGGCCGCUGCCGGGCCGGCCGGGCCGGCGGGGGCUGCCGUUGCCCCGCCCGUGUAGCGGAGAGGAGCGGCCGGGCGGGGGGCCCAGCUGUGUCCCGCGGCGCCUUCCCGCCCGCCUCCCCAGUGACGGGCUUCAGGGGCGCUUCGGCUCUGUAGGACCUCGUUGCGCGAGUGCCCUCGGAGGGGCUUUCCGAACUAGCUGCCCUUCGCAGCCUGCUUUUCCAAAGCCGGCCUGGGAGUCCUCAUGGCGCCACUUGGCUGCAAGAACCAGGCGGUGGUCAGGGUCCUCUCGUCAGCGCCAACCCGGGACCAGCGGGACCGCCAGCUGCGGUAGCUGCCAGCCUCCUGAGGACAAGCGGAGGAAAUACGUUCAUGUCUUGGGCUACAGCACUUUAGAGAUGAUGGGAUGGAAGCUGAUGGAGCCUCACACGUUUUUGUGCCACCUGAACUGUGACCUGCUCCUCUGCCACCAUAUCCAGCCUCCUCCAGGCGAUGAGUGGACAGCCCGGAGCUGCAGCCCGGGACCCCCGUCACUGCCUCCCACCUCGGUUCUGAUUUCCCCAAUUUUGGCUGAAGGCACUUUGGAACAGAGGACAUGUCUCUUUCUAUACAUGGCUAACAGGACAGAUUUUUGGAUGAUCCUGUAAUAAGAGGAGCAAUACGCUUCAACCAUGGAAAACCAUGACCUGAGAACAAAAGAUUUCACAACAACGUCGUAAACAAUGGGAGCUCUUUGCACAUUUUGCACCACACCAACACUGUCUUUGACAAGGGCCUCUGCCCGAAUAAUAACACAUCUGCCUCAGAGAGGCUUUUCAGCUGCACGGCGUCCCAGGCUUCAGGGAGAUAGAUUCAGAUACCACUCUUCAUUCCAGAAGGAAAUUUUCUAGUCUGAGGUUAUUUUGGCUUUUCAUUACAACUAGCAGUUGUCAAGGGGGGAGAUAUGUUCCAUGCCGAAUUCCCGGUCAAAGCUGGCCACUGAGAGUUCAUCUAUGCCCAGUGAAAAAGAAGGAGGGCCCGAGGGAGGAAGGGAGGGAAGGAAGGGAAGGAAGCAAGGAAACAAGUAUGCAAGGAGAGAAAGAGAAAGAAAAGAAUCACAGAAUGACUGAGGUUGGAAGGGACCUCUGGAGAUCAUCUAGUCCAACUUCCCUGCCCGCAGGGUCGCCUAGAGCAUGUUAGACAGGGUUGCAUCCAGGCGGGCCUUCAAUAUCUCCAGCGAAGGAGACUCCACAACCUCUCUGGGCAACCUGGUCUAGUGCUCCGUCACUUUCACAGUAAAGAAGUUUUUCCUCAUA